UUAUGUGGUCAGCUGUAAUGACAGAGUUGCCACACUGGCGAAAGCCUGGCAACGCCGUGCUGCUCGAUUCGCAAAACAUCUGGCAUUAAUUUCAUGAAAUGAGCAAAUACACAGAACGGAAUAAAUAGAACAAUAUAUUUUCUACAACGCUUGCUUAAUUAAGCUGCGAUUUCUAACUAAGCGCAAGCGGCUGAAAAAUGUUACCAUCGACGGGUCUUUUCAAGAGCUUUGCUUGUCCGUACUACAGCAGCACCGUCAGCGGUAACAAAGACAGCAACGGCGAAGCGUCCUUCAACUGCAAACGUCCUUUCUGCCAUUUCAAACAUAUACGCAAGGACGAUGUGGAAAUUACGCAGUCGGCAGAUGCGGUGCCGGAGUACAAGCCAGCGCCGGUGCCCAAAUUGCUCUCCCUGCCGCUGCCCGAAAUGGCGAUGUGUGCGCCCAAAAAGAAGCCAAAUCUGGAAUAUCACCCAGAGAAGCCGGCACUAAACGCCUCUCCGGCAAAAAAACGUUAUGACGAGGUGGCCAGCGCACCCAAAUACGUGCCCUCAGCGGUGGUAGGCACGAAUGGUGCAGGCGGCGAUUGGCCAGAGCAUGAUAAGGAAGAAGUGGGAGAGGAUGUGGAUGAAUUGCCUGCAACAAAUACUGAAGUAAAGCUGGAGCAGCAAGUAUCUAGCGAGGACGCGCCAAAUAGUGAAAGCGAACAGAAGCCGUCGUCCAGUGCCCGCAGUGAGAGUCGAAAACAUGACCACAAAACUAGCAAAGAGCGCGACAAGGAGAAAGAACGCCGGAGCUCAUCUCAUAGAGAUAAAGAACGCUCUGAACGUCGUAGUUCCAGCUCCAAGCACAAAUCUUCUACAUCCUCCUCAGCAUCCUCGUCACACAGAAAGUCAACCAGCAGCGAUAGACAUCGCAGUGAGAAGAGUUCCGGUAGCAAGGACAGAAGCAGCACAUCUAAAUCCACAACGUCGUCGUCAUCAUCCUCUCGAAGCCGCCAGCACAGUAGUUCCAGUUCAAAAUCAACGUCGCACAGCUCAGGCAGUUCCAAAUCCAAGAGCUCUUCUUCCUCUAGCUCUAGUAGAAGCAAAGACAAAGCUGAAACAGAAUCAACAACGACCACGGCAACGGCAACGGCAACGGCAACAGCAACUGCUGUUCCCACUAAGGUCGCAGCUAAGCCCGCCGAAGACUUUGUAAUGGAUGAAAUGGAUUUUGACACCUCCGAUGCGGAGAUUGUGCGCCAGUGUGAAAUGAUAUUCGAUGAAUUGGAACAGGAGUUUGCACAGCUACACAAGCAGCCGGAGGAGACGAGUACGGAGAGCAUGCGGAAACGCAAAGCACCAUCGCCGGAUAUUGACGCCUACACUGAGGCAGCCACGGCUGCAUUACAAAAGCGUCGCGUGGCCCACGAGAAUGCGGACAAGUGUAAGCCACAAGCGCCGAUAGCGGUGCACAAGCCCAAUCACAUACGCAACGCCAUGCAGGCUAUAUUCGAUAGGCGUGCCGAGCUGCGCCGCCAGGAAAAGCUGCGCGCUGAGGCAGAUGCCGAGCAGCUGCGCCAGGCGCAGGAGCGUGUGCGAGUCGCCCAGGAGGAGUUGCGCGAAGCCAGGGCCAAAACCCUAACACCGCUCAUUUCGCGCAGCGCACUGACACCACCAACACGCACAGCUCGCACCAUCACGCCCGUGGCCAACGUGAUUGCCAUAGCACGUGCUAAGAAGAAGAUCGAGGAGCUGCAGGCCGAAAAGAAACCCGCCUUUACGGCAGCCCAGACUUUCAAGGGUGGCAGCCGUUUGGCGCAUAAGCCAACAGCGGCACUGGACAAAGUGGCACCUGCAACGGGUGCCGCAGCCGCAAAGCCGCCGGUACUAGAGCCGCAAAGCUCCAAAAUAUCCUAUAAUAUACGCAUGCAGUAUUACGAGAUGAUGGUGAAGCAAUGCACCGUCAUCUAUCCACAGCUGGCUGAUGCCUGGGAGCGCGCGCAGGUCGAGGAGCUGGCUGUGUUUAAAAAGUGCAGCACGCCGACUAUUUAUAAGAACAGCUGCAUGCUGGCCAUUAAUAAGCUGCGCAAGGAAGCCAUCGAGGCGGGCAAUCAACCCGGCGUUGCCAACAAGACUGUCUCGCACGAGAUGAUGCUGGGCGGCAAGCGUGCGCUCAAUACAUCCUGGAGUGUGGAAAAGAAGGACAAAUGGAGCUCCUCGAUAGAGCCAUUCGAUACGCUGAGCGCUGAGAAAGCCUACGAAUUGGUAUACGAUCUGCAUCUGACCGAUGAGCAACUGGUGGAGAACGGCUAUCCGCGGCCGGGCCCGACACGCGGCACAGCUGUCAUACGCGCCUGCCGACCUAAUCGCCGACCAAACGAGACCGAACGCUACUGCACGCGCUGUGGCAAGGUCUUCAACCUGAGCAUAUAUGAGACCAAGUGCACCGACAUGUGCAACUAUCAUCCAAAGAGCACAGGCUAUCGGCGCGGCUUUGCAGACAAUCAGCAUCGCUGUUGCCAGCAGCCGGCGGGUACGCCUGGCUGCAGUUAUGCCAACUAUCAUGUCAGCGACUACUACGAUCCGGACAAACUGACCUGCUUUAUAAAGACCAUCGAGCGCUCGGACGAUUAUGUGCCCACCAAAAAGGAUAUCUACGCGCUCGAUUGUGAGAUGUGCUACACUACGCACGGCAUCGAGCUGACACGUGUGACCGUUGUGGACAUUAAUGGACGCAGCGUUUACGAUGCUCUUGUCAAACCGGACAAUCAAAUUGUGGACUAUAAUACCGUUUUUUCGGGCAUUACGGAGGCAAUGCUGUCAAAGGAAACACGCACGCUACGCGAUGUGCAGGCCGUGCUUAUGUCAAUGUUUCAUGCCAAGACGGUGCUGGUGGGUCACAGCUUGGAAAGCGAUUUAAAGGCUUUAAAGCUAAUACAUGAUGUGGUCGUGGACACAUCCAUACUCUUUCCCCACAAAAUGGGUCCGCCCAAGAAGCGUGCGCUCAAAACGCUUUGCAUUGAAAAUCUAAAGCGCAUUAUACAAGAAAAUGAGGCUGGCCACGAUAGCGCUGAGGAUGCGGAGGUGUGCAUACAGCUUAUUAAAUACUACUUGCGCAACAAGAUUAGUUGAGCGCCAGGUGGAGCAGCUGUUAAUGGGAUUGGGUGCGACACUUAUCAUGUUCAUCAAUGCAGGCGCAUUACAUACAUUUGUAAUAUGUAAGCGGCGUUACCGCCAAUUUAAACCUAGUUCACACCCAUAUCUACAUUUGGAAUCAAAACGUAUCCCAUAAGUGAGCCUUAAGAUCGAAAAAAAAAAAAA